GUUAUGUAUAUUUAUUAGGAAAGAGUCGCUUAAGCGUAAAACUAUAUCGCGGGUUUAACAUUGUUGUUGCCUAUGUAUGUGGAGAGAAAUAAAAAUUCGAUUUGUUUUAUUAAAUGGGAUGAAUGCGUUUAUGUUAUGCAGUAGGCAGUGACGUCAUUCACCGCGGAUACGUUUACUGUGCGAACUGCCGAAAGACUGUGCCUAACUAACCAAACCGUUGGUCGUCGAAAUUCAGGUUAUGUCCCGAUAAAUAGCAAAUGUAUUUAAAUGGUAAUUUAAUGUGAGAUUAUUUUCUAUGUUGCGGUGAAUGUAUAAUGAAAGUAUGCGAACUGAUCGAAAUCCCACGGUUUGACGAUCUGGAAAUUGAUACGCCCCUCGAUCUGGUUAUAGCUAAUAUGAUAUUUGACGCGGAUAAGUUAUGACGACCGAUUUAAGCUCAGCGUCGCUACCUCCUUUAUACAGAGACGUAUACGACAAGUGUUCGCUCAACGGCGACGCGAUCCAUACAGAUGUGUACAAGUGCCUUUUAUCCAACUUCAAUCUGGACCCAUCCCAACUCAAAACGAUAUGGGAUUUGGUCGGACCAAACGCGGACGGAAUUAUUACUAGGACCAAUUUUUAUAAAACGUUGGCGUUGGUCGCUUGGGCUCAGCAGGGCAAAGAAAUAUCCGAUAAAUUGUUUGAUACCUUUACGGGAACAGAAUAUCCUAGCCCCACGAUAUCCGACCUGUCGUCGAUCCAAACCCUUAAAGCGAAGCUGAUUUUGAAAAAUAAACCCGCCUCAAACUUCCACUACCACCGACUCGUCCAGAUGGACACGGUCAAUGUUCAGCUCGUGCCCGAAAAGAAGGGGCUGUUUCUAAAACAUUCCGAAUAUUUCGUCACUUCGCGCAGAUUCGCGAGCAACGUCACUCGAAGAUACACGGAUUUUGUGGUGUUGCAAGAUCUGCUACUUAACAGGUUUCCUUAUAGGUUAGUGCCGAGUCUACCUCCCAAGAAAAUAAUCAUAUCGGACAACCAGUUCCUCAAGGAGCGUCGCCGCGGUUUGCACAGGUGGUUGACGCUGGUGUGCAGACACCCGGUUAUGUCUAGGGACGCGCUGAUCGGUUUCUUCCUGACGGAUCAGGGCUCCGACUUCCAGACGCGCAUAAAGGCCGCCUUCCGACGAGUCCCGGAUGAAUUUAUGACGUCCGAUUUAGCCGCGAACGCCAAAGAAUUGUUGCCAAACGAUCACAAUCAGAUAGCUAUGAGCCGCGAAUGCGUGCACUCCCUCGUAAACACCAUCGGUAGGCUGAAGUUAGAAGCCGAGGCUAGCGUCGAGCGGGGCAGGGCUUCGGCCCGAGACCUCGAGGACCUCUCUGUCCAACUGAAGAACAUUAGUCAGACGCGGGUCGAAGAUACGCGCCACUUCGUCGAGAAUUGGGCGGAGAUUCGGACGAUUUUCGCCGAAGCCGCAGGCGAACUCCACCCGUUGAGUCGUGCCGCCGCCAAACAUUCCGACCUCGAGCAGGACGCCGUGUGCGAGAAGGUGGCGCUGUUGCUCGACGUCCUCGUCGCUCACAAGGAACUGUGCGAAAGGCUCGAGAAGGGCCUCGCGCACGACCACCAGGUGGCGCUUGCGAAAAUGCUGUCAUUGAAAAAGAAGAAGCUGCAGGGAGCGAUACGCGGUGCGGACACGGAGAGCAUCGAGCAACUCGAGACGAAGAUGCUGACCCAAGAGAACGUCAUCACGAACAUCGACCUGAGGACGGAUUUCAGUUUGUAUUGCGUCCACAUGGAGACGCAGCUCGUGUUCACUUAUUUGGGGACGAUGCCCGCGAUUCUGGCGAGUCUCAUCGAUUUGAAGACACGUUCGCAUUUUGAGCUCCUGGACCUGUGGCGCCAUCUGCAGACCCGGUACUGCGAAGGGGGCGGCGUUAACGGCAUGUGAUGGUCCGAUAUUAGCGGCAAAUUUAUCGAAUUCACGGGGGAAAACGUUAUCGAAUAUAUUUUGGACUAAUAUAUUUUGUUAUUGUUACUGUUACGUCUUAUUCAGUUAAUUCUCUCUGUAUGGUUCGGCGACGUUCGUAUGACACUCAAGCAAAUAUAUUUUUUUUAACUCUUGAUGAUAUGGGAUGCUCAUGAAGACGCGUUUAGAUUCAAAGGUAUCAUUUCUCAGGUUGAUGUCGCCUGUAUUAUACAGGGCGUCAAUUUAAAGGACAUUAAUUUUCAUUUAAAAUAUUACCCAGUGUUUUUUAAACACGUCGUAUCGUUACCGUAUUUAGGAUUAGGUUUUGGGUAAAAUACUCGCUGGUUACG